AUCAAUUCAACCUUCACUAAAUUACAAACAAAUAACAACAAACCUUAAUCUCUCUAAUUACCGAUUUAUCAAAGAUUGAAUAGAUAAAAAAAAAUUCCUCGCCUAAAAAAAAUAAUUGUCAUGCCAUCGCUUAUUUACAAUCUAGCUUCAGCUCUUGCGUGUCUUUAAUUCCCAAACACACAUGCAAUGAGCACUUACCUAACAAUGUCAACAUUCGCAAUAUUUUUUUUUAAUUUUUGUUUGGCGGUCGCAUUAGAAGAUGCGAGUUAUUGGCACAGUGUUGCUUCUAAUGAGCUCAAAGAAUCAUUAUCGUACUCUUGGAACAAGAAUGUUGCGAAAAAUGUUAUUUUGUUCAUCGGAGACGGUAUGAGCGUCGAUACAAUAACGGCCAGCAGGAUUUAUCGUCAAGGGGAGACUAGUUAUCUUGCUUGGGAAAAAAUGCCCCAUGUUGGUAUGAUUAAGACUUACAACACCAACAAAAUGGUACCGGAUUCCGCUUCUACGGCAACAGCGCUGUUCAGCGGCGUAAAGACUAACUACAAAGUAGUAGGCGUCGAUAACAAUGUGGCCCUAGAUGACUGCAAGGGCAGUUUAAACCCCAACUUUCACACCAAGUCGAUAAUUGAAUGGGCACAAGAAUCUGGAAAAGAUACUGGCUUUGUAACCACAACAAGAAUCACCCACGCGACCCCAGCGCCUCUGUAUGCGCACUGUCCAAACCGCAAUUGGGAGUGCGAAGCGAAAAUACCAACCAAUGCGAAAGGUUGCAAGGACAUAGCAAGGCAACUGAUUGAAGAUUCACCAGGCAAGAACAUAAAAGUGAUCAUGGGUGGUGGACGGCAGAUGCUAAAGUCGAAUUCUUCGGGCACUAAAAUCGACCCUAUUGACACCUGGGCGUGCUACAGUCAAGACGGCCGCCAUCUUAUGGAAGACUGGGCAAGUGACAAGUCCUCCAGGAAGGUCAGGCACCAAAUAGUCCAGAACAACGAGCAAUUAAGAGCCGUAGACCCGGAUGACGUUGAUUUUCUCCUGGGAGUCUUCGCUAAUGGACACCUUAACAUGGACUGGCAGAGAGUUGAUGGUCCUGAAGGACAACCUAGCUUGGAGGAGAUGACUAUCAUGGCAAUCAGGGUUCUAAGGAAGGCGGCUAAGGGGUUUCUAUUGGUGGUUGAAGGCGGGUUGAUUGAUUUUGCUCAUCAUCGCGGAAAAGCUGCUCAAGCGCUCCGGGAAACUGUUAGAUUGUCCGAUGCUGUUAAUGCUACCUUAGAAAUGGUGGAUCUGAAAGACACUUUAGUGAUUGUUACAAGCGAUCAUUCGCAUUCUAUGGCUUUCAAUGGGUAUCCAGAGAGGAAUUCUUCAAUUUUGGGAAUUGCGCAAAAUUCAAAAUAUGACGGAAUUCCAUAUACCACACUAUCUUACAACACGGGAGGGCCCAACAAUUUUGCAUAUAAAGUAAAAGACAACAAAUCCGUGCGUAUAGACCCUAGCAAGUUCAAUACUUCUGAUUUCAACUACAGCCAACAGGCGGCGUUCAUCGGCGACGAAGCCUAUCAUGGUGGUGGUGAUGUUCCUAUUUAUGCUACAGGUCCUUACGCGCAUUUAUUCCACUCAACUCACGAGCAAAACUACGUCGCCCACGUGAUAGGGUAUGCUGCGCAGAUCGGACCAUAUCAUAACUCUUCUGCGCAACUGGGCCGGAAGUAUAUUACGAUAAUUUGCUUGCUUACUUUUAUCGCGUUUUACUGCUCAAAAAUGCGCUGACAGUAUUUUUACUUAUCUGUGCUCAUUUGAACUUUUCUUAUCGGAAAUAUAUUCUGAUAAAAUUAUGAUCUGUUUUUUAUUUUUUCAGUAUUUGCUAUGUUAUAGAUUAGUCACCGAUUCUUCAAGCAAUCGCUAGCAAAUGAUUAAUUAGUUAAGUACAUAAAAUGGUAUUUUUAGAUAAAUCACAUGUGACAUAGCUAAAUGUUAUGUAUACAGUAAUUAUCUUAUCAGUAUCUUUUUUUUGUAAGAAUAUUCUAUAAAAAAUAAAGAAUUUUUUAGUAUUUUUUAUU